UUGAGAUGUGCAACGCUGCUACUUAGUGUAUUUCGCCCUAUGCUAUUUAGUGUAUUUCGCCCAUUCAGCGUAUUCCGCCCUAUGCUACUUAGUGCAUUUCGCCCUAUGCUAUUUAGUGUACAUCGCCCUAUGCCACACUACGAAGAGGUCCCUAGGCCGUCGAAAAGGUGCCGAGGUGGACAUACGAAGUGGAUGGGCGAAGAUGAUCGCCAUGCACCGCACGCGAAGACGAUCGCCAUGCACCGCACGCGAGGGAGCGCGAUGCGCUUCGGGGAUGCAGGGCGCUUCGUAGGAUGGCAAAGGCCACUCGCAAGACGAUGUACGAGCCUCGUAGGACGGUGAGCGCGCCUCGCAGGACGGUGAGCGCGCCCCUCGUAGGACGAUCUUAACGCCCCUCGCAGGACGACACUACCGCGCUUCGCAGGACGAUACUGACGCGCCUCGUAAGACGAUACUAAUGCCCCCCGCAGGACGGCGAACGGUGAACGCCUCUCGCGAGCGACACUGACGCGUCUCGCAGGACGAUGAACGCGCCUCGCAAGACGAUGUACGAGCCUCGGAGGACGGUG